UCUAACAUGGCCCAGCCAGCCGGUGGCCUUCAUUUCACUUUUGGCUUCCAGUGCUGCCUCCUCUUUCUUCUAACUCCUUGGGAGGCAGGUGCUUCAUUUCAAGAACUUCAGAAAAGUGGUGAAUUGCCAACAUCUGACCAUUUAUUCCCCCUCAAUCCAGGUCUUACUUAUAAUACUAGCUCUAACCACAAUCCUCCGCAUACAGGACAAAGGCCUCCAGACUUCCCUAAAUCUAUAGAAACCCAUAAGCCAAAACACAAGUGCAACACCACACACCCUUCCAAAGCAAUUCACAAGCCUACAAACAACUCCAAAACUGUAGACAAUGAAAGCUCUGGAGUUCAUCACAAAGGUCCCUCCACUUCUGAACAAAACACCACUAAUCAGGGAAAAGACUCAAUUAUUCGAAAUGGACGGGAUAUCAAUCCUGACUCCGCCAAUCCACCAAAAGGACUGUCUGAUGGAAGACACCCAACCUCAGCACCCAAGAGAACAACAACUUGUAGGACCGCAAAGAGCAAUCCAACAAACAGAGCUACAACUGUAAGACCUGUGGAGACAACCAUCAGUACUUUAGAUAAGAAAAGUACCACUCCACGUGAAGCCACAAUUCCUUCCCAUAGCUCAGUCACUUCAGAGAUAAACAAAAAAACUAUGGUUUCAUCAGAAAAAACCACAGAAGCCAUGAUGCCAGCAUACAACACUACAAAAAAUGAAGGAAAGACCACAACAGCUCAUGAGAAGGCCACAGGGGCUCAUGUCACACCUACAGAACAUGGAGGACAGACCACAUCUGCCCAUGAGAAGGCCACAGGGGCCCAAGUAAUACCUACAGAACAUGGAGGACAGACCACAUCCUCCCAUGGGAAGGCCACAGGGGUCCACAUCACACCUACAGAACAUAGAGAAGAUACCAUAUCCACCCAUGAGAAGGCCACAGGGGCCCAAGUAAUACCUACAGAACAUGGAGGACAGACCACAUCAGCCCAUGAGAAGGUCACAGGGAUCCAUGUCCCACCUACAGAACAUGGAGGAGAGACCACAUCAGCCCAUAAGAAGGCCACAGGGGCUCAUGUCACACCUACAGAAUAUGGAGGACAGACUGCAUCCUCCCAUGAGAAGGCCACAGGGGCCCAAGUAAUACCUACAGAAUAUGGAGGAGAGACCACAUCAGCCCAUGAGAAGGCCACAGGGGCUCAUGUCACACCUACAGAACAUGGAGGACAGACUGCAUCUGCCCAUGAGAAGGCCACAGGGGCCCAAGUAAUACCUACAGAACAUGGAGGACAGACCACAUCAGCCCAUGAGAAGGCAACAGGGGCCCAAGUAAUACCUACAGAACAUGGAGGACAGACCACAUCAGCCCAUGAGAAGGCCACAGGGGCCCAUGUCCCACCUACAGAACAUGGAGGACAGACCACAUCUGCCCAUGAGAAGGCCACAGGAGCCCAAGUAAUACCUACAGAACAUGGAGGAGAGACCACAUCAGCCCAUGAGAAGGCCACAGGGGCUCAUGUCACACUUACAGAACAUGGAGGACAGACCACAUCCGCCCAUGAGAAGGUCACAGGGGUCCAUGUCACACCUAUAGAACAUGGAAGACAGACUGUAUCAGCCCAUGAGAAGGCCACAAGGGCCCAUGUCACACCUACAGAACAUGGAGGACAGACCACAUCAGCCCAUGAGAAGGCCACAGGGGCCCAUGUCACACCUAUGGCUUUGAUAUCCCCUACAUCUGGGGUGCACCUGAGUUCCAUCCUGUCAGAAGCCCCAGGCAAUAAGAGCCAUUCAAACCAGAAUAAUGGUGGCUCACAGGCAGGUCUCCAUGCUGGAGAGACAGGAGAGAAUGGUUCAUUUCCUCCAUGGGCCAUAGUUAUUGUGGUCCUGGUGGCUGUGAUUCUUCUGCUGCUGUUCCUUGGCCUCAUCUUCUUGAUCUUCUCUGUGAUUCGAACACGCCGUGCACUGACCCAGAACAUGCAGAACGAUGACCCAGAAGAAAAUGAGGGCCCGAAUUCCUACCCAGUCUACCUGAUGGAGCAGCAGAACCUUGGCAUUAGCCAAAUACCUUCACUACCAUGAUUUUUUUUUAGAAGGCAUCCAUUCCUUUCUCUUUCCUGGAUGAGGAAUUAGACUCACAAUUCCUAUUUCCUGGACUCCAAGAAGGGAAGAGAUACAGUUGACAGCAAUAACACUCCAUCCACAGUGUUCUUAAUUGAAACUGGUUUGGGAAUGAGAUGAUAAGCAAGAAAGAUGCAUUUUGGGGAAAGAGCAAAAAGAAUGAAUAAUACAAGUGGACAGAUGACACUUUCCUUCUCUCAGUCUUUUUAUAAUAAAGUGUAACAUAUUUAUAAAGUAAA